UUGAGGAGAAGAGAGAGAGCUCAUUGGUAGACACAGUUGUACUCGGAAAAGUUUUACGUGAUGAAUCGCAAAGUGUCUUAAUGAGAAGAAGACAAAGCGGAUGAAGAGGGGAAGAACAUACAAGCUGAUAAAACCCAAAAGAAGAAGAAGAAAAUGAGAAGACAAUGUGAGGACCCCCAACCCUUAUGCUUCCUCCUUCAUCCACUCCGCUGAGAAAUGGCGCCCAACCCUUUGAACCGAGAGGGGGAAGCCCGACGUGAGGGGGCAUGGUGGCGAGUCUAUGCCCCUCCGUUGGUAUGCCUUCUGCUCAUGUGUGGGUUGACGGCAUACCUCGCCUAUCUCGCCCACCUCAGCACCCACCCCCAUCCCCCUCCCAUUAUCAUGAUACCCUCCAACUGGUCCCUGCAUCUCGACGACAAGUCCAUCAGCGUGGGCGGAAGAGUGCCUGGUGGUGUGUACUCAGACCUCCUCGCUGCGAAUGUCCUCAGUGGGGGCGACAUCUACUAUCGGUACAAUGACAUGGACUACCGCUGGGUGUCGAAGGAGAACUGGACCUACUCUACGACAGUCCGCGCUGACAGUAGUUUCCUCAACCACACUCGCGUUGCCCUGGUCUUCGAGGGGCUGGACACGGCCGCGGAGGUCUUGCUGAAUGGCGAGAGUGUCGGAGCGUCCAAUAACAUGUUCGUCCGAUACCUGUUCGACAUCAAGGCCGCCCUUUUGGCAUCCAGCGACAACACUCUGGAGGUGAGGUUCGAGUCACCCGUCGAGUACGCCGCCCGCCAGUAUGACAUCCAGAGCGCCAGUUACAUAGUGCCGCCCAAGUGCGUCGACCCGGCAUUCAAGGGGGAGUGCCACGCCAACCACAUAAGGAAGAUGCAAGCCUCCUUCAGUUGGGAUUGGGGGCCGGCGUUCCCUAACUCCGGCAUAUGGAAGGACUGGUACAUCGCAGCCUGGGACACACUCACCAUCAGUGACAUAAUCUUCUCGGCUGAACCCACUGCUGAGCUGCCCUCCGUGCCCGACCCAAACUUCAUGCCAGGGUGGACGGCUACAGUGAAGGUGUGGUGUGACGCGGCCAUUUCAUCGGGGGAGGUGCCGGGCAGCCUCACCAUCGCCCUGGGCCGCAUCUACACCAUGAACUACCACGUCACCGCCACCGUCGUCAACCACAAGGCCUCGCUGGAGUUCAACAUUACCUUCUUGGAGAACCAGAUUAACAUGUGGUGGCCCAAUGGUUACGGCGCCCAGCCUCUCUACACCCUCACAGCCACCUGGGUGAGCGAGGAUGAGGCAGAGACAUCCGCCAAGAGUGUGAGGGUUGGGUUCAGGACGGUGGAGCUCAACCAGGAUUUCAUUGAACCGAACGACACGACUAAAGGGCGUCACUAUCGCGUGUUCGUCAACAACGUGUUUAUGUUCAUGAAGGGAAGCAACUGGAUUCCCGCCCACGUCCUGCCGGAGAUGGUGACCCCAGAGUACACGCGCUACCUCAUGCAGGCAGCCGCGGACACACACCAGAACUGCAUGAGGGUGUGGGGCGGCGGCAUCUACGAGUCCGAUGUGUUCUAUGAGAUCGCUGAUGAGCUGGGCAUCCUGAUCUGGGAGGACCUGAUGUUUGCCUGUAGCAUGUACCCUGUCAAUGAAGACUUCCUGGAGACUGUGGAAGCAGAGAUGGUGACCCAGAUCCGCCGGCUACAGCACCACCCCAGUAUCCUCCUCUGGGCCUCAAACAACGAAAACGAAAAGGCCCUUCGCGGUAACUGGUACGGCACAUCCUCGGACUUUGAGCGGUACAAGGCUGACUACAUUACGCUCUACGUGGACACAAUCAAGGCGGUGGUGCAGGAGGAGGACGCCACCCGCCCCUUUGUGGUCAGCUCCCCCAGCAACGGCAUAGAGUCGGAGGAGGAAGGCUACGUUGCGGAGAACCCUGGAGACACACACUAUGGCGACAAGCAUUACUACAACUACUUAAGUGACGCCUGGGUUGGCUCGGAGACGCCCAUCACCAGGUUCGCCUCGGAGUACGGGUUCCAGUCCUGGCCGUCCUUCAUCACCAUGGAGUCCGUAACCAUCGAGGAGGAUUGGAACAGGGAGUCCGCCCUCAUGUACCACCGCCAGCACCACCCGCUUGGUCAGGAGGAGCUCGCCCUGCAGAUCGGCCUACAUAUGCACAUGCCACCCCAGGACGGCUCCGUUAAGGCUUAUGAGGAUUAUUUGUAUCUCUCGCAGGUCCACCAGGCCGUCGCGGUGAAGGUUGAAACGGAGAUAUACCGGCGCUGGAUGAGUGAGGUCAACGAGAAGGGUGAAGGUUAUACCAGCGGCGCCCUGUACUGGCAGCUCAACGACAUCUGGCAGGGGGCAUCGUGGGCCUCCAUUGAGUACGGAGGGCGGUGGAAAAUGCUUCACUACUACGCCAAGAAAUUCUUCGCCCCCACUCUGAUCUCUGCCUAUCUGGAAGGGGACAAUCUGCUGGUGUACGUCGUGAAUGAGGGAUUUGAACCCAUCACUUCCGGCUCCGUGGUCAUCAACCUUCAUCGCUAUGACACGCUGGGCAUUGUUUUCAUUUACACACAGACUUCAGUUGAUGUGCCAGGGCAAACCUCCAAGCUAGUCGCCAACAUAAGCCUGACGAUGGACCUGGAGAUCUCGGAGCACUGCCAGUCAGGGCUCUCUGAUCCCGAGGACAUGUGUUUCAUCACCGCCCAGAUCCAAGACUCUGAUGAACUCCUCCUGGGCCCGGAAACCUUCUAUCUCCUUGAGAAGCCAAAAUAUGCGCUCUUACUCCAUGCUGCUGUUGAGGUUGGGGACAUCAUCGGACCCACACAGACACAAUACAGCAACUGGACCUUUGCUGUGACGGUGAGGACGGACGUUCCAGCGCUCUUCGUGUGGCUGGAGACAACGCACCCCGGAGUGUUCUCGGACAACGGGUUCAUCAUGACGGAGGCAGAGACGGCGGUUCAGUUUUACGCCGGCGAGGAGGUGACGGCGGCAGAGUUACAGGCAUCGAUGAGCGUCAAGUCCCUCACUGACACCUAUGCACAACGGUACGGAGGUGAGACGCUGGCCGAGGGUAUACUGCAUCCCAAUGACAUCCGGAACAUCUGGUAGGCACGAUCCUCGAGGCUUUUUAUUCAUCAUUACCUCCAGACAGAAUGGCAGGCAUCAGAACAGCAUUGAAAGUGUGAAGAUCUUGAGACACACUUCCAUUAUUUCAGAGCUAAAGUAACCACUGUGGAUCAUUUAAAACUGUACUAAUCUGUCUAUAUGUUCAUCGUCAAGUCAUUAGGUCCACACAGAACAGCAUUGAAAGUCUGGGAAGAUCUCAAGACAUACUCUCAUCCAUUAUUUUAGAGGUAAAAUAACCACUGUGGACCUUUUUAAACUGUUCUCAUUGGUCUUUCUGUUUAGUACCAAGCCAUCAUCUCCAGUACGUAACAGUAGGCCUCAAAGCAGUGUCGUGUUGUCUGGGUCUUUGCAUGUUCUCUCGAGGCAGUGCUGAAUAAAGGGAGAGUUUGUCGUA